GAGAAAAUUAUGACAUUUGUGAGGAACGAGCUGAAGAUGUUCAAGAGGAUUCUUAGUCCAGAACUCCCAGAAGGCUUUGAGAGUCAGAAGCAGGAUAAGAAAGUGGUGGAUGCUGAAGAUGAGAAGCAGGAGAGCAGUGCCAGAGAGGGGGCUCUGAAGAUCACACUGCACGUCCUGAGGAAAAUGAACCAGAAGGAGCUUGCUGACACACUGGAGAAAUAUGAGCUUGCUGUGAUUUGCCAACGUGAACUCAAAUCUAAUCUAAAGAAGAAGUUUCAAUGUGUAUUUGAGGGGAUCGCUAAACAAGGAAACGCAACACUUCUCAAUAAGAUCUACACAGAGCUCUACAUCACAGAGGGUGGAACAGGAGAGGUCAAUAAUGAACAUGAGCUGAGACAGAUUGAGACAACAACCAGGAAACAAGCAAGACCAGAGACUGCAGUCAAAUGUAACGACAUCUUCACACCCUUAACUGGACAAGACAAACCUAUCAGAACUGUGCUGACAAAGGGAGUCGCUGGCAUUGGAAAAACAGUCUCUGUGCAGAAGUUCAUUCUGGACUGGGCUGAAGGAAAAGCAAAUCAGGAUGUCCAGUUUGUAUUUUCAUUCCCUUUCCGGGAGCUGAAUUUGAUGAAAGAGGACAAACACACUUUCAUUGAACUUCUCAAUCACUUCUCAAUGGAAACCAAAGAAUCAAGAAUCUCCAACUACGACAAGUACAAAGUUCUGUUCAUCUUUGAUGGUCUGGAUGAGUGCCGACUGCCCCUAGACUUCCAGAAGAACAAGAUCUGUUGGGACGUCACAGAGUCAACCUCAGUGGAUGUUCUGCUGACAAAUCUCAUCAAGGGAAAUCUGCUUCCCUCUGCUCUCCUCUGGAUAACUACCCGACCUGCAGCAGCCAGUAAGAUCCCUUCAGUGUGUGUUGACCAGGUGACAGAGGUACGAGGGUUCAAUGACCCACAGAAGGAGGAGUACUUCAGGAAGAGAUUCAGUGAUGAGGACCUGGCCAGCAGAAUCAUCUCACACAUAAAGACAUCAAGGAGCCUCCACAUCAUGUGCCACAUUCCAGUCUUCUGUUGGAUUUCUGCAACAGUCCUUGAACACAUGCUGGAACAUAAGAGAGAAGAGAUGCCCAAGACUCUGACUGAGAUGUACACACACCUUGUGGUGUUUCAUACCAAACAGAAGAGUGAAAAGUAUCUUGGGAAAGAAGAGACAGGUCCACACUGGAAUAAAGAGAGCAUUCUGUCACUGGGAAAACUGGCUUUUCAACAGCUUGUGAAUGGAAAUCUGAUUUUCUAUGAAGAAGACCUGAAAGAGGCUGGCAUUGAUGUCAGUGAAGCCUCAGUGUACUCAGGAUUGUGCACACAGAUCUUUAAAGAGGAAUGUGUGGUGUACCAGGACAAGGUGUACUGCUUUGUUCAUCUGAGCAUUCAGGAGUUUCUGGCUGCUGUAUAUGUGUUCCUCUCAUUCAUCAACAACAAUGAGAAUCUAAUGGACAAGCUGCAAACAAACGACGACCCUGAAGUUACUUUCUACAAGAGUGCUGUGGAUAAAGCCUUACAAAGUGAGACGGGAAACCUGGACCUUUUCCUCCGCUUCCUUCUGGGCCUCUCACUGGAGUCCAAUCAGAAGUACUUACGAGGUCUACUGACAAAGACAAGAAUCAGCUCACAGAGCCAUGAAGAAACAGUGAAGUACAUCAAGGAGAAGAUCGGGGAAAAUCCCUCUCCAGAGAGGAGCAUCAAUCUGUUCCACUGUCUGAAUGAACUGAAUGACCAUUCUCUAGUGGAGGAGAUCCAAAGCUACCUGAGAUCAGGAAGUCUCUCAAAACCCAAACUGUCACCUGCACAGUGGUCAGCUCUGGUCUUUGUGUUGCUGACUUCAGAAAAGGAGCUGGAUGUGUUUGACCUGAAGAAAUACUCCAGAUCGGAGGAAGGUCUUCUGAGGCUGCUGCCAGUGGUCAAAGCCUCCAGAGCUGCUCUGCUGUCAGGCUGUGGAGUCACAGAGGAAGGCUGUGCUUCUCUGGUCUCAGCUCUGGAGUCAAACCCCUCACACCUGAGAGAGCUGGACCUGAGUAACAAUGACCUGAAGGAUUCAGGAGUGAAGCUGCUCUCUGCUGGACUGGGGAAUCCCCACUGUAAACUCACACUGGACCUAAACACAGUAAACAGACUCCUCUCUCUGUCUAAGGAGAACAGAAAGGUGACAUGUAGGAGAGAGAAGCAGCUGUAUCCUGAUCACCCAGAGAGAUUUGAGGACUGUAGACAGGUGCUGUGUAGAGAGGGUCUGACUGGGCGCUGUUACUGGGAGGUAGAGUGGAGUGGGAGAAGGGUUGAUAUAGGAGUGACAUAUAAAGGAAUCAACAGGAGAGGAGAGGGUAAGGACUGUUGUCUUGGAUGCAAUGACAAGUCCUGGAGUCUGUUCUGCUCUGACAACAGUUACACUGCCUGGCACAAUAAUAAUCACACUACCAUAGACGUCCCCUCCUCCAGCUCCCACAGAGUAGGAGUGUAUCUGGACUGGCCAGCCGGUACUCUGUCCUUCUAUAGAGCCUCCUCUGACACACUGACCCACCUGAUCACAUUCACCUCCACAUUCACUGAGCCCCUCUAUCCAGGGUUAAGGGUUUAUUAUGAUUCCUCAGUGUCCCUGAAAUAA